ACCAAUCAACAGGGAGAAUAGAUCGGGUGAAACAGGCUGGUCUUUUGAUGCCCUAUAUAAGAGCCUACAACCUCAAACUAACAAUCACUUCUAUGUUGACUGGCUCCUUGUAAUUGAUCUUUUGGAAAGUAGAGGAGUGCUCCAGGUGUGCCAAAAUGAAGGUGUUUGCUCUCGCGAUCCUGUUGAUCAGCGUCUGCUGCAUGGAAGGGACUGUGGUCAGGCGGCAAGCGGAACAGGCUCCAGCCCCGGCUUCUGAUGUCGUGCAGCAAGUGCAGGGCUACAUUUCUAGCAUCUCUGAGUACUUUAAAAAGGAUCUCGUGCCACAAGAGAAGCUAGAAGAAUUCAAGGCCCAGACAUUGGCUUACGUGCAGCAGGCACAAGAGCAGAUGACUCCUGUUGCUGAACAAAUCAGGGAGCAGGCUACCCAGUUCUUCUCCAACCUUUUGAAUACCUUCCAGAAAAAGACCGAGUAAAGAGUGGAAGCUGCGUUCAGAGAGGCUCCGUCCCCAUCAUCUGCUGAAAAGGCAAUUAGGGAAAACCUAGCACCUUCUUGUAUUCCAAAGACUGGCUGGAUCUUACUCUGGUUGUAUUAAAGGCUCCUUAUUCUCUAA